AUGUAAGAUUCUUUUGUAGAUCACACUAUGAGUACUAUUCUUAACUAAACCCAUGCAUCAGUUGAACAGCAGACUUCAAACUAAACAAGCUAAUCCUUGAAUGGAUUUAUCCAUUACUUUUCUAGCAAUUAAGAGGGCAUCACAUAUUAAAAUCCAAUGAAUACUCAACAAAAUGCAACUUUGGAGCUCACACAAAAUCAAACAAUAAGCGAGCAUACUAUAAACGAGAACUUUGAGAGUGAUUGUCAUCACUCCUUAAGUAAUAAUAAAGCAGAAAAUAACAGAAAUAUGUCGUAGCAUUCUGAACAAGUUAUGAUCGAACAUAACGAAUAAAAUUCCGCAAAAAGGGAUCGAAGGCUAUCAGAAUCACAACUGUAAGUGAAAUUGGUACAAGAUGGAAGCAGUCCAGCUUCAAGUUUAAGGGGCUAUUAAGGAUUAAGGUAGAGCUUGGGCAAACUCCAUAAAUAUGUUAAGUAACAUUUUCAUGAAGAAACUCAAAGAGUAUCUAAAAUUUAGCUUCAAGAUCCAGGAGCUUAGUCAGAUGAUUAAAACAGGGAAGUGAUGUCAGAUUAAAAGAGAUAAUCUAGAUAAAAUCUAAUUAAGUCCAUCACAUAUUCUAGCAAUCAUCAUUAAGAUUUUGAGUCGAUUUGUGAAAACAGCAGCGAGAAUGAACACUCAUUUUUAAAUUAAGGACUCAUAAUGUCUAUCAAUCAAAACAUCUAAUCAAUUAAUAAUGAUACGCACUAGUCACAAAACCAAUCAAACCCAAAGAAUAAUAAUUGCAUUGUGGAAGAAGACUUGCCAUCAAAGAUCAAUCAUCUUACUCCUCGCUAGGCUACUUAAGGUUUUAGUCAUCCAAAAAGAAUAUAUACUGGUCAAGGAACAAAUAACACCUCUGAUAAAAAUAGAAGGUCAGGUUCAUAAAGUCAAAAAAAUAGAUAAAAUAAUUCUUUUAAAACUACAUGUCUCGAGCCAUAGAUUAAUUUGGCUAUGAAAAAGAGUCUUCCAGAGAUUAAUAAGCUAUAGAUUGGCUUAAAGCAGACAUUUCACUCUAAAUUUGCUGACGAUAAAAGCAAGUUGUCUUAGAUAUUGCCAGAAACUAGAAAUGAAAGGACUAGUAAAGAUCUUUCAUUACAAAGAAAGAUAUCUAUUAGCGCGAAUGCUUCAAGUGAAUGUAAAGUUUAGGGGUCAUCAUCAAGACCAAAAGAUAAUUCAGCUUCUAGAUAAAAUUAUAGGAGUGAAAAGAUUUUCCAAUUAAAUAAAAUCAGAUUAGUCCAGGACUUAGCGAUAAUCUAACCAGAGUAAAGUUUCGCUAGAUGGAAUCUGCAAGUUUUGUUGCAGUAUCGAACAUAAAAAAGCUUUGGAGGUAGUCAAUGA